AAUCAGGACAUUCCAUGAGCAAUUAAAGAAAAUAAGUUAUUAAAGGUAAUUAAGCUGUCCCUGCAUUGUGUCAGAUGGUAUAAAUAAGACCCUUUUCAAUUUCUGUUCAUUCUAUUACCUUCCCCCUACAAAGAAACAUUCAUACUCAUCUAUUACCCAGCAAUGGCCAAGUUUGCAGUAUUUGGGAGCAGCUAUGUUACUCGUCUUGAGAGAUAUUGUCAUGGUGAUCUUAAGGUUCCUGGCACCGUCAGAUUCUUCGGGAAGGGUGGCAUUCGUUCUGAUUCGAUUCCAAGACAACUACUUAGAGACCUGAUAGAGUACAACCCUGAUGUUGUACUCAUCCAACUAGGAGGAAAUGACAUCUCAGCGACAUCAUCCCCCAACGACAUUUUCCAGAGACUUCUGACACUGCAGGUGGACCUACAUCAUGCUGGAAUUCAGGAGGUGUACUUUACAGAGAUUGUGCGACGUGGUAACUUUGACAAGUCCCCAGGCCUGACAGCGACGUCUUUUGAGAAACAACGGAAGAAGAUAAAUCGACUACUGCUGACUAGACUGAGUUACAUCAAGAUUAGAGUUAACUUUCCAGAGGACUAUGACCGUGACCAAGUGCAUUUCAACGACUCAGGACUCAGGACCCAGUUCCAUGCUUUGAGACGACCAUUUUUUGCAUAAUUGAUUGAAAUUGAUAAACACCUUUUAUUAUGUCAUGUUACGCUUUGUAAUUUAUAAUAUGUUUCAAGCAUUUAAUCUUAAAAAUGAUUGAUUUAUUGAUAAUGGGUAAUAGAGACAAUGUUAUAAAACAUAUACUUUAAGUGUGUCACUAUUCGCUAGAUUUGAAAAUUUAUGACAUUGUAAAAUAAAUAAAAAGGUUGUAUUAAAUUUAUGUAAUUCAUUUUGAAAUAGAAGCUGUUUUGAUAUAUAUUAUGUAUAUUGUUAUAAUGUAUGUCAUAUGUUUCAAUAUUUAAUCUGUUGAAAAUGAAAAUACACAUGCAUCAUAAUUCUAUGUGUACAAUAAUGAUUUCUUUAAAUAUAUCAUUUGUAGAUUUGAUAGUAACAUGAAUUUGACAAAUUAAUAUUUUUAUUUUACUACAAAAAAUAAAUAAGUUUUCAGUAUUUAAUUGCAACUGGUCAUUUCUAAUAAUAUAUGAUUAUAUCACAAUUUAUAUUUGUUUAUGUUAUUUGUAUUACUAAAUACAAAUUGUUUUACAAAUGUUGUAUAUAUUACAUUAUGAUUUGUGUUUUCAUAAAUAAAUAGGCCAGUGUUUCAUAGUGAGUCAAAUAUUGUGUUGUUCAUUUUGUAAGUGUAAGAGUUACUUCCCUUGGGAUUGACUCGGAAAUCGUGAUGGACAAAAUCAUCGUUUUUCAUACAAAAUACACAUUUUUAUUUAAUGACACUUUUACAUCUCAUGUAUAAUACAUAUACAACGAUGAAAAAACAUUGAUUUUGCAGAAAUAACACUUUGAUUGUUCUAUGGCGUGAAUAUACACGUAUGGCGUAUUUUAGUGUAAAGUGCUCUCACCUGGCUGCGCAAACAAGAUCGAUUUUCUUACAAAGUACACAUUUUUUUUCAAUGAAACGUCAUCAGAACCUGUAAAAGGGACAUACCAACGCAAAAAACAAUUCAUUUUGUGAAUCUAUCGUUUCUAUUUUGCUAUGGCGUGCG